GAUGGCACACAUCGUCACGAGCUUUCAUUGCCCACUACCAAAGAGAUUGAAACAGCGAAAAUUCCGAAAUCCCGAGGUUUUCCCAGACUAUCUCAGAAUGGGUGGGGGUAUCGUCAAAUAGCCGAAUUCCAAAAGAUUAUCGGACAAUCUAUUGUCGGAUGA